GUUCUUGCGAAGGGGAGGAAGUGGAGGGUGAGGGAGGGAGGGGAAUAAAAAGGGAUGGAGAAUGAAAAGUGGACAGAGCCACUGAGAGAGAAGGAGGCGAGACAGUGACCGCUGUACAAACGCAGACAUGCCUGAACCAAAGAAGGCAGAGCCAAAGAAAGAGGAGGCAGCUCCCUCUGGUGAGGUUGAUGAGGGGAGAGACGAAUUGCCUGAGGAUGAGCACGUCCCUGGAGAGGAACGCCAACUCUCAGAAGUAACCGGCCUUUUUGUGGAGAGACCUCAAUCUACCACAGCAACCAAAGGGAAAAAUGUUACAUUCGUGGCGAAAGUGGACUCAUCAAACCUGCUGAGGAAGCCAGCCAUGAAGUGGCUGAAAGGAAAGUGGCUGGAUCUGGGGAGCAAAGCUGGAAAACACCUUCAAUUCAAAGAAACCUACGACAGGAAUACUAAGAUAUACACCUAUGAGAUGACUAUUGUGAAGGUGGUUGAUGGAGAUGCAGGAGGUUACCGCUGUGAGGUCACGUCCAAAGAUAAAUGCGACAGCUGCACUUUUGACAUCACUGUGGAAGCUGCUGAAGAGGUGCAGCAAGCAAACAUUCUGGAGGCAUUCAAACGAUCGGGAGAUGCUGGAGAGGAUGCUGGUGAUUUGGACUUCAGUGGUCUCCUCAAGAAAAGAGAGCGGAAACAGAAGGAGGAGCCAGAGGUGGAUGUGGAUGUGUGGGAGAUCCUGAAGAAUGCCAAGCCAUGUGACUAUGAGAAGAUCGCCUUUGAGUACGGUAUCACCGACCUGAGAGGCAUGCUGAAGAGACUGAAGAAGAUGAGGAAGGUGGAACCCAAACAGUGCGAUGCCUUUUUGCGGAAGCUGGAACCUGCAUAUUCAGUGGAGAAAGGAAAGAGGAUCCAACUGUCUGUGGAGCUGGCAGAUCCUAAUGCUCAGGUGAAAUGGCUAAAGAACGGACAAGAGAUCAAACCCUCAGCUAAGUAUGUGUUUGAGAGCGUGGGCGGAAUCCGUAAACUCACCAUCAACAAGUGCACACUCUCUGAUGAUGCUGCGUAUGAGUGUGUAGUCGGAGAGGAGAAGAGUUUCACAGAGAUCUUUGUUCAAGAGCCUCCAGUCACUAUUACUAAGAUGCUGGAUGAUGUCCAUGUGGUUGUGGGAGAUAAAGUGGAGUUUGAGGUGGAGAUAUCUGAUGAAGGAGGAAACGUCAAAUGGAUGAAGGAUGGGGUGGAGCUGACUCGUGAUGGGAAGUAUCGCUUUAAGAAGGAUGGAACCAAACACUGGCUGAUCAUCAGUGAGGCCACCAAGGAGGAUAUUGGAACGUAUUAUGUCUAUACCAGUGGAGGAGAAUCAAAGGGAGAGUUGGAAGUGGAAGAUAAAGAGCUGGAGGUUCUGCAGAGUAUUGCUGAUCUGACCGUGAAGGCCGCUGAGCAGGCUGUGUUUAAGUGUGAAGUGUCUGAUGACAAAGUAACUGGCAAGUGGUUCAAGGAUGGAGUGGAGGUCAUCCCCAGCGACCGCAUUAAGAUGACACACGUCGGCAGGAUCCACAAACUGACGAUUGAUGAUGUGAAACCAGAGGAUGCAGGAGACUACACCUUCGUCCCUGAUGGAUACGCACUCUCUCUCUCUGCCAAGCUCAAUUUCUUAGAAAUCAAGAUCGAUUAUGUUCCUCGUCAGGACCCUCCCAAAAUCCACCUGGACAGCACCGGCAGCAUGGUCAACAAAAACACCAUUAUUGUGGUUGCUGGCAAUAAACUGCGUCUGGACGUGGAGAUCACAGGAGAUCCGGCGCCCACUGUCUGCUGGAAGAAAGGGGAUACUGAAGUUUCGAACACAGAGGGCCGGGUGCGGGUGGAGAACAGGAAGACCCUGAGCAGCUUUGUGAUAGAAGGAGCAGAGAGGGGAGAUGAAGGCCUUUACUGCAUCACCGUGAUCAACCCUGCAGGAGAGGACAAGGCUGAGCUGCACAUCAGGGUUGUGGAUGUCCCUGAUCCCCCAGAGAACAUUCGUUGCUCCGGAGUUGGAGAGGAUUCUGCAUCCAUCCUCUGGGAUCCGCCCAAAUUUGACGGUGGCGUUCCAAUCAAAGGGUAUCUGAUGGAGAGGAAGAAGAAGGGCUCCUCCAGAUGGACGAAGCUAAACUUUGACAUCUAUGAGUCAACUGAGUACGAGGCGAAGAAGAUGAUUGAGGGAGUGCUGUAUGAGAUGAGGGUGUUUGCUGUCAACGGCAUCGGUGUCUCCCAGCCCAGCGGCUCCUCCAAACCCUUCAUGCCUAUUGCUCCAACCAGUGAGCCAACCAGGCUGAUGGUGGAUGAUAUCACUGAUAACACAUGUGCCCUGAAGUGGCUUCCCCCAGAAAGGAUCGGUGCAGGAGGGGUGGAUGGAUACAUUAUUGAAUACUGCCUUGAGGGAGGGAUUGAGUGGGUGCAGGCCAACGAGGUCCCUGUGGAGAAAACCAUGUAUCGUAUUCGGGAGCUGCAGGUGGGGGAGAAGUAUUUGUUCCGGGUGACAGCCGUCAACAUUGCUGGCCGCAGCCCCCCGGCUGAGAUAAAUCAAGGAGUUACCAUUAGAGAGAUCACUGAGCACCCCAAGAUUCGUCUUCCCCGGCAGCUGAGGACUAAGUUUAUAAGGAAGGUGGGCGAAAAGGUCAACCUCGUCAUUCCCUUCCAGGGAAAACCACGCCCUGUAGUGACCUGGCUCAAAGAUGGAGCUCCACUGGACCCAGCACUGGUGAACAUUCGCACCAGUGAGGUGGACUCCAUUCUCUUCAUCCGGCAGGCCACCAGAGAGCACUCAGGACAGUACACACUCUCUGUACAGAUCGAGAACAUGGAGGACAAAGUCGCCAUUGAGAUCCAAAUUGUGGAGAAGCCAGGCCCCCCCAUCGCUGUCACUGUGACUGAUGUCUGGGGCUUCAACGCUGCUCUGGAAUGGAAACCCCCCAAAGACAAUGGCAACUGUGAAAUCACCGGCUACACCAUCCAGAAGGCUGACAUGAAGACGAAGGAGUGGUUCACCGUGUAUGAACACAACCGCAGGCCAAGCUGCACCGUUUCUGACCUGGUGAUGGGAAACGAAUACUCCUUCCGUGUUUUCAGUGAGAACAUCUGUGGUCAGAGCGAGGACGCAGGACUCAGCAAAAACAAGGCUGUCAUUGCUAAAACAGGACUCCAGCAUAAGCAACAGCCAUACAAGGAGAGAGACAUGAACAGCUCCCCCAAGUUCACAACCCCCCUUGUGGACAGGUGUGUCAUUGCAGGCUACAGCGCUGCUAUCAGCUGUGCUGUCCGUGGCUAUCCUAAACCCAAGAUCAUUUGGAUGAAGAAUAAGAUGAUAAUUGGUGGCGAUGCCAAGUUCCUUAUGCAGAACAACCAAGGAGUGCUGACUCUGAACAUCCGUAAGCCCAGCCUGUUCGAUGGGGGGCAGUACAUCUGCAAGGCUGUAAACGACCUGGGAGAGGACCAGGUGGAGUGUAAGCUGGAGGUCCGAGUCCUAAAAGACAAAGAGGAAGCAAAGAAAUGAAUAUUACGGCAUCAAAAGGCACCAGACGAAGAGGGAAAUGGGAAUGAACGGAAUAACAAAACGGGAUAAAUAUUGAGAUUUGUAGUUUAGCACAGAAGUCUUCAUCUCAGUCUUUCUUCUCAGCAAUGAUUAAUAUAUGAGCCGGCGUUUUGAUUGCAGGAUAUAGGCUUAUGGAAUAUUGGAGUAAAAUGGAAAUUAGUGCAGUUUUGUCCUGUUAUUCAUUUUUGCGUGUAUUGUUCACAAAUGUGCCAGUUCCCUGCAUGUCAAAGGAAACGUUCAUGAAAUAAUAAUUCACGUCUGCAUUAUUGUUUGGCCUUUUUUUUCGCAAGUGUUUGGCAGCUUUGUGGACAUUAUGAAUUCAUGAACAAGAAGCUGUUCCACAUGUUCCAGCAUGGAGGAAGUGUUGCAGGGAGGGCCAGUGCGUUUGUGCGUGUGUGUACAGUUGCAAGAAAAAGUAUGUGAAUCCUUUAGGAUUAUCUGGAUUUCUGCAUAAAUUGGUCAUUAAAUGUGUUCUGAUCUUCAUCUCACUCUCAACAAUAGACAAACACAGUCUGCUUAAACUAAUACCACACAAAAAUGUUUGCAUGGUUUUAUUGAACACAACAUGUUAAUAUUCACAGUGCAGGGUGGAAAAAAGUGUGUGAACAUUUGGAUUUAAUAACUGUUUGACUCUCCUUUGGCAGCAAAAACCUCAACCAAACGUUUCCUGUAAUUACAGAUCAGACCUGGACAACAGUCAGGAGGAAUUUUGGACCAUUUCUCUUCACAAAACUGUGUCAGUUUAGCAAUAUUCUUGGGAUAUCUGGUGUGAAUCGCUCUCUUGAGGUCAUAAUGCCACAGCAUUUCAAUUGGGUUAAGGUCAGGACUCUCCAGCAGGCGUAUUUUCUUCUGUUGAAGCCGUUCGGUUGUUGAUUUACUUCUAUGUUUUGGGUCGUUGUCCUGUUGCAUCAUCCAUAAUUUUAGCUUCAGUUGGCGGACAGAUGGUCUUAAGUCUUCCUGCAAAAUGUCUUGGUAAACUUAGGAAUUCAUUUUUUCAUUAAUGACGGCCUUCCGUCCAGACCCUGAGGCAGCAAAGCAGUCCCAAACCAUGAAGCUCCCUCCACCAUAUUUCACAGUUGGGGUGAGGUUUUGAUGACAGUGUGCUGUGCCUUUUUUUUCUCCACAAACAACUUUUUUGUUUCUUCCAAACAACUCAAUUUUGGCUUCAUCUGUCCACAGUAUAUUUAGCCAGUACUGCAGCAAUGUUUUUUUUAUUUUUUUUUGGACAGCAGUGGCUUCCUCUGUGGUGUCCUCCCAUAAACUCUAUUCUUGUUUCAUGUUUUCCUUAUUGUAGAUUGGUCAAUCAAAAUGUUAGCAUGUGCCAGAGAUUUCUCUAAGUCUAUAGCUGACACUCUAGGAUUCUUCCUCACCUCAUUGAUCAUUCUGCGCUGUGCUCUUGCAGUCAUCUUUACAGGACGAUCACGCCUAGGGAGAGUAGCAACAGUGCUGAACUUUCUUCAUUUGUAGACCGUCUGUCUUACUGUGGACACAUGAACAUCAAGGCUUUUAUAACCCUAUUCAGCUUCAUGCAAGUCAACAAUUCUUGAACGUAGGUCUUUUGAGAGCUCUUUUGUUUGAGGCAUGAUUCACAUCAAGCAAUGCUUCUUAAGAACAGCAAACUCAAAACUGGUGUGUUUUUAUAGAGCAGGGCAGCUUUAACCAACUUAUCCAAUCUCAUCACAUCCUGGCUCCAAUUAGCUCUUAGAAAAGUCAUUAGCCUAGGGGUUCACAUACUUUUUCCACCCAGCACUGUGAAAGUUAACAUGUUGUGUUCAGUAAAACCAUGCAAACAUAUAUAUUUUUUGUGUGGUAUUAGUUUAAGCAGACUGUGUUUGUCUAUUGUUGUGACUUAGAUGAAGAUCAGAACACAUUUAAUGACUAAUUUAUGCAGAAAUCCAAGCAAUCCCAAAGGGUUCACAUACUUUUUUCUGUAUAUGGAGGAGUGUAAGGUAGGGAAGCAGCAGUGAGCAGUGGACUUCUGUCUGGACUAUGUGACGAAAAGCGUUUCUCCUAAAUGUGGGGCAUUCAUUACAAACGAAUAAAUAAAUACCUAAUUAAGUCA